AUGAGAGACAGAGGAAAAGCUCUGGAUCCAACCAACAACAAAAAUGGCGAAUUGUUCCUCCACGACGACGACGACUCUGCCUCUUACCUCCCCUGCAAGCGACACCCUUCUCCUUCUUCUUCUUCACCGCCCGUCGGAAUCUGCCCCCACUGUCUCAAAGAACGCCUCCUCACUCUGCUCUGCUCCGAUUGCGGCGAGCAGCGCCUCUCUUCCUGCUCCUGCUCCCAAAUCUCCCCCAAUCGCGCCUCCAAUUCCAGCAAUUCCAAUCUGGAAGUCGGCAGCGUCUCCUUCCUAAUCGAGAACAAUGCUCAAUUUCAGCCUUCCAACAGUCUAAACCGUUCGAAUUCAAACAAGCCGCCGCAGCCGCCGGCGGAAGUUCUGAUCUUGAAGCGGAGCAGCAGCAGCUGCGUCGAGAUCAAGCGCCGGAGAGGCGGGUUGUGGAAAAUCGGUAGGUUCUUCACCAGGAGAUCGAAGGAGAAAUUGGGUAGUCGCAGUAGUGGUAACAGAAUUCCACACAGCGUCGCCGGAAUUGAAGACCGCGGGAUGGUUUCGAGGUCGAGAUCGUUGUGCAGCUUCAGAGGAGGUGGGUUUUUCGCGGGGUCGGAGGACGGUACCUAUUCAGGGGCGAGAAGCUCUGUUUCCGGCGCCAGGAGCUCUCUCUCCGCGGCCCGGAGCUCCGGUUUCAACGGGCUGGUUUUCGACCCGGACAGGAAAAGCGGGUACAGCGAGUCCGAGCCCAGGAAGAGCGGGUUCGACGUGGAGAAUCAGAAGAGGGAUUGUUCGAUCCCGCGGGUUUCCUCACUCCGUGAAGGCAAUUUCACGACCGCCGUCGACGACUCGGGAUUCAUCGACCUGAAAUUCGACUUCCCGUCGUCGGAGUCGAGGCCGCCGGCGGCGGAAGAGGCGACGGAGUACGGGAUGGCGGGAGGAGACCGAAACGGCGGGUCGUUUCGAAUGACGGUGGGUGACAGAGGGAUUAAACGGAGCCGGAAGAGCUUCAAGAGCUGGAGAUGGAUUUUCCGGCCACACCACCACCACCAUCAACAUAAUCCUAGUAGUUGUAAUCAUGAUUACAAUAAUCAUCACCAUCUGGGUGCGAAAGGGGAACAGAGGAAUAAUGCGGUUAAUCCGAUGUAG